UCACUGAAGGCUUGAGCAGAGAGACAGACACACACACGCUGGGAAGAUGGGGAGAGAUAGGAGUGUGGCCAGCUGGCUUUUGCUGAUAGCCCUUGCUGUGCUGUUGUGCUGCCUGGUAGCUCUGAGCUCAGCGAACGAAGGGCACUCGGACAGUGAUACUGAGCACGGCGAGUCUCACGGGGGCAAUGAGACGAGCUUUCACAUAGUCACCUUUCGCUGGGAACAUGUCCAAGCCCCCUAUGUUAUCGCACUGUGGAUUCUCGUGGCCAGCUUGGGUAAAAUAGUUUUCCAUCUGUCUGAAAAAGUCACGUCGGUGGUACCAGAAAGUGCCCUGCUGAUUGUACUGGGCCUCAUCCUGGGAGGAAUCGUCUGGGCCGCUGAUCACACUGCCUCCUUCACUUUAACACCAAAUGUCUUCUUCUUUUACCUGCUGCCACCCAUUGUACUGGAUGCCGGAUAUUUCAUGCCCAAUCGGCAUUUCUUUGGGAAUCUUGGAACAAUUCUAAUGUAUGCUGUCAUUGGAACAGUAUGGAAUGCUGCAACAACUGGCCUAUCCCUAUACGGUAUCUACUUAACGGGGAUUAUGGGAGAUCUAAAAGCUGACCUUUUGAAAUUCCUCCUGUUUGGCAGUCUGAUUGCUGCAGUUGACCCAGUGGCUGUGUUGGCCGUGUUUGAAGAGGUCCAUGUAAAUGAAGUAUUGUUCAUCAUUGUGUUUGGAGAGUCUCUGCUGAAUGAUGCUGUCACUGUGGUGCUGUACAAUGUCUUUAGCUCAUUCGUUCAAAUUGAAGCAGAAAAUAUUCAAAGCCUGGACUAUUUCAAAGGCAUAGUUUCUUUCUUUGUCGUGAGCUUGGGUGGCACUGCUGUUGGCAUCGCCUUUGCAUUUCUGUUGUCCCUGGUAACCAGAUUCACCAAGCAUGUGAGGGUGAUUGAACCUGGAUUUGUCUUUGUCAUUUCAUACUUGUCCUACCUCACAGCAGAAAUGCUUUCCCUUUCCGCAAUAUUAGCCAUUACGUUUUGUGGCAUCUGCUGUCAGAAGUACGUCAAAGCCAAUCUCUGUGAGCAGUCCAUCACCACUGUCCGAUACGCAAUGAAAAUGCUGGCAAGUGGAGCGGAGACUAUUAUCUUCAUGUUUUUGGGAAUCUCUGCAGUAGACCCACAAAUAUGGACAUGGAACACAGCUUUUAUCCUUCUCACCCUAGUCUUCAUCUCUGUCUACAGAGUUAUUGGUGUUGUAAUUCAGACCUGGAUUCUCAAUCGUUACCGUGUGGUGCAGUUGGAAAUUAUAGAUCAGGUGGUGAUGUCAUAUGGAGGCCUGCGUGGAGCUGUAGCUUUUGCUCUGGUGGUUUUGCUAGAUGACAUACCUGAGAAGAAACUCUUUGUCAGUACAACCAUUAUUGUGGUGUAUUUCACCGUCAUCUUCCAGGGUCUGACAAUCAAACCUUUGGUUAAAUGGCUGAAAGUAAAGACAAGCCAACAGAAGGAGCCUUUACUCAAUGAGAAACUUCAUGGAAGAGCUUUUGAUCACAUUCUUUCUGCAAUAGAAGACAUCUCUGGUCAAAUUGGACACAACUAUCUUCGAGACAAGUGGUCAAACUUUGAUAGAAAGUACCUGAGCAAAAUAAUGAUGAGGAAAUCAGCACAAGUUAGUCGGGACAGAAUCCUCAGUGUUUUCCGGGAAUUGAACUUGAAAGAUGCCAUCAGCUACGUGUCUGAGGGAGAACAGAGAGGGUCCUUGACUUUUAUUCGCUCAAGUAGUGAUGUUAACGUUGAUUUCACUGGACCUCGUCACUCUGUUGUAGACUCCUCUGUCUCUGCUGUGCUGCGAGAGAGUGCCAGUGAGGUAUGUCUGGACAUGCAAGCGGUUGAGAACAGAGUGAGGAGUUUAAAGGAUCGAGAAGAAAUAGUCACUCACCACAUGUUGCAGCAACAUCUGUACAAACCCAGGAAACGGUACAGGCUUAAUUACAGCCGACACAAGCUGGUACGCAGUGAAGGUGAACAACAAGAUAAAGAGAUCUUCCAGCGCACCAUGAAAAAGAGACUGGAAAAUUUCAAACCCACCAAGAUCGGAAACAAUUACAGCUCGAAACUUAGGAACCUGAAGAAAGAAAGAGCAGCUAAAAAGAAACACAGUGAUGCAAUGUCAAAUGGAAAGCUUCCGACACAUUCUGUUUCUUUCCACGUUAAUAAAGACUCUGUCGAGGAUCGCUAUGAGCCAUUAGAUGGAGGAAUUAGUUUCCUCAUUACACCUGCCAGCAGUGAACAGGAUGAAGCAAGAGCUGGGAUCGAUAACCCAAGUUUUUCCACUGAGGAAAAUAAUUCUACUUUCCAAAUGACACCACCGUGGAUGUCCAAUGAAGAAGCAGUAAUUCCAUCCCAGAGGGCACGUUUACAGCUUCCAAGGAGUCCCACCAAUUUCCGACGCCUCACGCCUUUGCAACUCAGCAAUCGAUCCAUUGAUUCGUUUUUGCUAGCGGACAUCCCAGAUGAGCAUCCAUUGGCUUUCCUGCCCGGAUCAUCAAUGUAACUGUAAAUCAAUCUGAAGUUGUCCUCCAUUGCUGAGCCCUUCCAUGUCGGAUAAGAAGUAACUUCCGAAAAAGAUGGCUAAAUAUGCGAAGGUGAUCUUUGCUCUGAGAAACCCUCUUGGAUUUUCCGAUCUUAUCUCCAGGCAGCAUGUUAUCAAGAGCUAUUCUUUACUGAAAAAUGUAGAUUCCCGAAUCCAUUCAAGGACAACAGCCACAUUGAAAGCCAGCUCUAUUGAAAUUAUUUUCAAAGCAACUAUUGAUAUUUUCAGCAAAGCCUAAUGAAGACCAUCUACUUGGCUCAGCAUCAAAGAACUUGCUGUGAAUGUGCAACAGGCUGAGAUGCUGAAAGGAACUGAGGGUGGAAGAACAGAAACCAUUGGUGAAAGAGGAAACUUAAUGGGUGCAGCCUUCGCAAUCUUUUCACUGGUACAAGCUUUUUGCAUUAUCCAGCUCUCUGGAACUUGGGUCUCUCCCAGUCUUUUGUCUCAUUUUCUUAGAACGAGAAGGAACAUAGUUUUAAGCACAUUUGUGCUCUGCUUCACCAGCAAUAGAAUUGGUGAGCUGGACAUCAUCUGAUUAUGUGGCACAUUGCCAGAAAACAUGUUUCUUGUACAGGCACUGAAAUGGACUGCUGCGAUCUCUUAGAUUUUAGAGGGAGAAUUGGUGUAGCUCUGCUAAGCAUUUUAAAUGGGAUAUAAAUAAUACCUAUGGUUCUCUAUGCAUGUACAGGAAUCAACCGGGAUAGAGGAGGAAAUCUUGUUUCAAUCAUAAAAAUGCAGGUUUUAAUGUUUGUGGGAAAUUGGCUGAUAUGGACUUUUCCUUCUCCAAUUUAUAUUUUUAGAUAUUUUGUUCAGUAAGUUUUUUUUGUUACAGUUCAUAUUGUCAUACCUGUUUAUUUUUUUUAAUAAAAGAAAGAAAUGGGUACACAAUAGUCAUUGAUGUGCUGUAAAAUAAUGAGGUGUGAAGGUUACCUGACCCAGUGGGCCUCCUGGGAACUGGAGGUCAAAAAUGCUUAAAUGUUUCCGAAGCACAGAUCAUAUUGUCAGACAAAUACUUGUAAAUCUGACAUCCUGUGCUGGAGAUUAAGCUUUAAUAUUAACAUUGUUGGUGUCAGAGUAUGUGCAAAAAGCAUGAGACACUGUCAGAAGAUGCAUAUUUUCAUUAUGAGGCUACAGCUGACCUUUUUUUUUUCCUGACUUAGCCUUCACAAAGUCCAACAGGAGUCACAUUGGUAGAAUAUAGGUUAAGAAGGAGUCUUUUUAAUGCAAUCAGGGUUUGAAUGCUUUGUCUAGACUGGAUGAGCAUUUAAGUAUGCCUUUUGCAAUACAUAAGGGCAUAUUCUUGUGGACGUGCAAUAGAUCAUGUCGAGUACUGAGUACUCCAUUACCCCACCCCCCUAUUUAUUCCCACACUUCAUUAGGAACCCUAAUCUUUUUCUGAGUGCGGGUGUUCCGAAAUUAAACAAGUGAGUUCUUGAUACCUGACGUGGGGCAGGGUUGUGGCUUUUCUCCCUAAAACAUUGAGAGAAAGAGCCAUCCAAGCUAAGACUGGCUACAGCUAUUUGUCUUCCAAAUGUCAUUUUCGAAUCUGCCUUGAUUAGCCUACACUCAGGAAAAACCAAUUCCCAUUCUAGGAUUGAGAAUGAACAUUAUUUAUCACAGUGAGGCUCUGAUUAGUGCAUCAAGUGAUUUAAAUUGAUCAAACUGGGAACAAGUGACAAAAGCCGCCAACAUUAUUUAGGGUCAUAUCAAGGGUCAACGCACUGCUGCUAACUUAAGCAGCAGGGAGAGAGAAAAGGACUUGCUGAUUUGUUGGUCAGUGAAUGCCAUUUACCUUCUAAAUUUCCAUUUGCCUCCCCCUUCUCCAUUCCCUUCACUCUUCCAAAUCGCCUUAGAUCUUCAGUAAAUAAUGCAAGCUAUACGGUUGUAGAUUUAAUACUUUACAAAAAGACAAAAGCAAUUACUUCCUUUUUAGACAUCGACCUAAGUUUCUUUGCUUUCAUUCAUAACAGCAUCACAAUGCAGCAGAAUGCUGAUCUAAGAAAUUCUGCUUUUUAGGUUAUUGAUAUUGAGAUUCAAGUUGUGAAUUAUCCUUUUCUCAAUCUCCUAUGAAGUAUAAUAUUGAUUCCUGGCCUCGACCAUAUCUACCGUAUAACCAGGCACUAAGAGUUCCCUAAGGUGCAUUUUUGUAUGCCAGUUGUUUUACUUUUUUUGCAUGUUUUCAUUUCAACCUUCUGUCCAUUUGUUGAACAAUAGAUUGUUAUCUGGAUAAAGGGUGCUUCUCUGAACCUCAAUAUUUUUAAACCCUAUGAGUAACAAGUUUCAACAGGCUGAAUUAUUAGAUGCUGAUUUAUUGGGCGGGUAUAAUUAUUGGCUACAAUGAGGGUUUUGCAGGGUACACUAAUCUUGUUUCUUACCCUGUUUUCUUCUGGCAGCCAAUCAAGUGUUGUAUCUGAUACAAAUUUGACAUUAUCAUGUCUCUAGUCUGCUAAUGUGAACUGUACACGAUAUCAUCUAAGUCUGUUUAAUGUCUUCCACAUGUUUUAUUUACUAAUUUUUAAUAUGUAUCAUGUUCAAAGAUUUACUCUUAUGUCGGAGUUAAAAAAUCUAUUUAAAAAUAAAAUUUUAAAAGGAAA